GUCUACCUUUUCAUCGGAUAUAAUUGCCUUUUAUCCUUCGGUUGAUCGAUCGAACGUUCGCUCAUUCGACAACUUCUGAAGAGACGUGAAAUGAAACGUUACUCUUUGCUCGUGUCCGAAUGUUCCAACCGAACAUCGAUAACACUGACAUCGUUACUCCAAUGAUGUUUAAUCCGCUGGAAUCCGACGGUUCAAGGCUGCCGCUUGUAAGUUCAGCAACACUGAACUAGUUGAAUGGAUUGUACUAUUUAUUCAGCCGUUUUCAAAAGUAAGUCUCUUCAAAAAUGCGACGAGCCUCGUGCUGCUCCGCACCGAGACGAGCCGACGAACUACGCCCAGUUACAGCUGCCGCCGGCCGGACGGGAUCUCUCCGACAAGACGGUAAGAAUGCACACGAACGAAAUCUAUUGGAUUCAACAAAUUAAGAGAAUGCGUAAGAGAGGCAAAGUUGGAAGUUUUGUGACGAAGAGACUCGUGGGUGCGGAUCCCUCGUCCGUACGGGGCCACGUGAGUGUCAAAAAACGUUGCUGCAGGAGGAGCCGUGAAAGUACAUAUCUGGUGAGUGUCACCGGUGCACCGUCCAAUCGCAUAUGCGAUUCGCCGGCACGGAUCAGCGGCUCGAGAAAAGAACACGUACACCGCGACUGCGACGUGUAAUUUCGCCGACCGUGUCUUUUGCACGAACUAUCCGAGGUCGAUUGCCGCAGUCGACAUCGCAUAGUUCCUAACAGCUGCGCCGUCGUGCAAGUUCCGACGACGGGAAACUUUCCGCCAUGGGUUCAGCUAAUCGUCACAAUCAAGUACGUAUCUCGCAAUGUGUAGGUACGAUACGCAGAACGUACGAUUUCCAUUAAUAUUGGCGUGGAAAGAUAUUCACAU